ACCCCUAAAAUCAAUAAAGGAGAAAGACAAGAAGAGAGACCUAAAAAACAGAAACAAUGUCUUAUUCUUACCUCAAACUGUCAAUCUUUCUCAUUCUCUCAUCUCUUCUUCAUGCCGCUUUAGGGGAGGGAAUCAUUUGCGAGAACCUGCCCACGAAUAUAUGCGCGUUCUCGAUAUCGGCUUCCGGGAAUAGAUGUUUGUUGGAGACAGCUAACGUUGCAGGAGAAUACACUUGCCGGACUUCCGCGGUGGAGGUUGAAGGGAUUGUAAACCACGUGGAGAGCGAUGAGUGUGUAGCUGCUUGUGGGGUUGAUCGGAAAACAGUGGGGAUCUCGUCGGACGCAAUGAUGGAGGCAGGUUUCGCCGCUAAGCUUUGCUCUCCGGCUUGUUUGGAUUAUUGUCCUAACAUUCUCGAUCUUUAUUUCAAUCUCGCAGCCGGUGAAGGUGCAUUUUUACCUGAUCUAUGUGAUGCUCAGCGGAUAAAUCCUCACCGUUCAAUGUUGGAAAUGCUCAGUUCCGGUGCCGCUCCUGGGCCUUCCGAGCCUAAUUCAGGUCCUGUCUCCGACACCUCAGCCCCUGCUCUAGCUCCGGCCGCUAUGUAAAAGUAAUGUUAUUAAUUUCACGUGUGUCAUGAUUUAUGUUUAAUAUUGAUUCAUUUGAGAAAGAAGACGAAACGGAGUGAGUUUGAUUUUUGGUUCUUUUCCUUAACAUUUUCCCAUAUAGUAAAAACUUUUGUCAUAUC